UAAUUCGAAAUUGAUAGAGAAGGGGUUAACACCUCCAACAAUUUCACUAGAAAGUUUUUUGCUUUCACCUUUUUCUUUACAAACAAACUAAUAUCCGCUCUUCAAGGUGGAGGAAUCAACAACUUUAAUAACGACCCCUUCCUUCCCGCCUUUCAUCUCACUCUUCCCCUCUUUUUCUCAAUCCAACCAUUUGUCUCCUCCCUCGUUUCUCGCCAUUCCCUUUUUCUGACCCCAACACCCUCCACCAUUGGCGAUCACGGACUCAAACAAACAAACAAAUAUACAAAUUUUAAAAACCUUUCGGCGAAUUGAGAAGAGAGCAAACUCAAAUUAAAGAAACCAUAAAUGGGUCGUGUAAAGCUUCAGAUCAAGAGGAUAGAGAACAUCACGAACCGGCAAGUCACGUUCUCCAAAAGACGAAAUGGCCUCAUCAAGAAAGCUUACGAGCUCGCCAUUUUGUGUGACAUCGACAUCGCUCUCAUCAUGUUCUCCCCUUCCGGCCGCCUCAGCCAUUUCUCCGGCAAGCGAAGAAUUGAAGAUGUGGUCGCUCGCUACAUAAACCUCCCGGACCAUGAUCGAGAAUGUGACUUGAUGGAUCGCGAGCAUUUGCUCAAAAUUCUGAAGAAGCUCAGGACUGACAAUGACAUUGCCCUUCAAGCAACCAACCCAGAGGCUACAAACUCAAACAUUGAGGAGCUACAGCAAGAGGUUUGCAACUUGCAACACCAGCUUCAAGCGGCAGAGGACGAAUUGAACCUAUAUGAGCCAGACCCUACAAAGUUCUCGUCGAUUGGAGAGCUGGAGUCAUGCGAGAAGAACCUCUUGGAUAAAAUGGCCCUUUUAGAGGAGCGCAAGAAGUACCUACUGAGCAACAAUGUCUCCACUUACGACCCUGCAAGCAUGCAGAUCUACUUAGAUGCGCAAGAGGGUCUACCGAAUUUCGACAACGACCUCGUGAAUUGGUUGCCUGAUCACAAUGGUGGACACAACCAGCAAAACUCUGUUCAUCAUGUAGUCUCAGAGUCAUCUUGCAUUCCUGUCAGCAACCAGUCGUCCGCCUCAAUAUUUGAAGCAUUGUCACAGGGCAAUGCAAAUGUCGGGGAUCCUUGUAACAACAUGGGAGGAGGAGGGAAUCAUAUGAACAACAACAACAACAAUAAUAGUAAUAAUAAUGACAACAAUGAGAGCAUCUCAUCAUGGCAGCAAGCUUUCUCAUCAAUUUCGCCGACGGAGCUUCUUGUUGGGUUCUUGCCCCCUACUUCUUUUGCUCCCACUAUUAAGCAGCAAGAGGUGGAAGGGCCAAGCUACACAUUAAUGUUGCAUCAACAACAAGCUCAUAAGGCUCAAUCAAACUGCCCACAACAGCAACAACAAAUGCAAUCAUCGAACGGUGGGGAUGGGUUGGAUUAUCACGAUCACAAGCUUAUCCCACAGCUUCAGCAGCAAGAGGUGGAAGGGCCAAGCUACACAUCAAUGUUGCAUCAACAACAAGCUCAGGAGGCUCAAUCAAACUGCCCACAAUAGCAACAACAAAUGCAAUCAUCGAACGAUGGGGAUAGGUUGGAUUAUCAUGAUCACAAGCUUAUCCCACAGCUUUAGGUUGAUUGAAUGAUUGAUUGACCAUUUUUUUGCGACAAAUGUUUGAUUUAUAGUGUAAAGAUUUAUUGAAUUUAGAAGGCUUCCCUUCUUCAUUCCCCCCUCCAUUUUCACCAUUUUUUCCAGUUUUCCUUCUCC